CGCGGCCCGAGGCCCUUCAGCUCCCCGCCUGGGGUCCGUCCGGCAGCCAGCCGAGCCAAGGAUUGUAUUUAUUCAUUCAUGAAAGACACAGAGAGAGAGGCAGAGACAUAGGCAGAGGGAGAGGCAGGCUCCCUGCGGGGAGCCCGAUGCAGGACUCGAUCCCAGGACCCCAGGAUCACGACCUGAGCCAAAGGCAGACACUCAACUGUUGAGCCACCCAGGUGCCCCUGAUUUUGGUGAUUCUUAAGUUAUUAUUUCUGAUCUUGAAAAAAAUCUUGAAUCAUCUAUUAAUGUAUUGUUUUAUGUGGGAGCUCCCUUUUAGUCACUUUUCUUUACAGUGCUACACUCUCUGGCAAUUGAUCUUCGAAAACCUGCAUUUUUAUUCUAAGCACAUUUUCCCCCCUGUGUAACAUUAACAUUGUCCAUCUCAGGAGUUCCCUGAAGAAUCAGAAUUCAGAAGGAAUCUCUUAAACACAGACCAUUCCCUCCCUGACUCCACUGGGCAGCAUUUUUAGACUGUUGCUUCCCAGAAUGUCAGGAAGAGCCACAGCCCUGGCCUACCAUGCUCCAAAAGAACCAGAAGGACUUAUAAUUGUGAAGGUUGAAGAAGAGAAUUCUAUUUGGGGGCAGGACUUUGGCCGUCAGGGAAACACCUGUAGCCUGGAGACCUUCCGCCAGCAGUUCAGGCAGUUUGGCUACUCUGAUUCCGCUGGGCCCCGGGAGGCUCUGAGCCAGCUCCGGGAACUUUGCCAUCAGUGGCUGAGGCCAGAGGUGAAUACCAAGGAGCAGAUCCUGGAGCUGCUGGUGCUGGAGCAGUUCCUGGCCAUCCUGCCUGAGGAGCUGCAGGCCUGGCUUCGAGAGUACCAGCCUGAAAAUGGAGAGGAAGCCGUGACUAUGCUGGAGGAGCUGGAGAAAGAGCUUGAUGAACCAAGGCAACAGGACACAGCUCAUGGCCAAGGAAUGAUCUGGAAGGAAAUGACAUCCAUAGGACCACUGAAGUCUCUGAGUAUACAGCUCCAACCCUGGGAGAACCAGUGCAAGAGUGAGGCUCAGGAGUCCCAGACUACCCAUGAGAGAGACGGCAAGCUGGCAGCUGACAAAGUAUUAACAGCAAAGCAAGAAAUUAUUGAAUGUGUAGCAUCAGCGGCCAUGAUAUCCCCAGGAAGACUCCCUGGGGAAAGUCCUUCAGGACAGGUAGUAGAAGCUUUGGGAGCUUCUCCCAAUAUUGAGAAGCCAAAAGAAACAGCUGCAAGGAACAAAAGGAGUCCUCCCCCUUCCCAGGAAAGACAUCUUAGUCUGACAACGUUCAACAAGAAAGUCUCUACUGAAGAGUGUGUCCUUGACUAUGACAAGAGUGAAAGAACUCUCAAUGUGAACUCAAAUGUUGUAACACGGCAAAGAGUUCAUGCUGGAGGAAAGGUCUACGAGUGCUUGGACUGUGGGAAAGCCUUUUGCCAGAGCUCAAAGCUGAUUAGACACCAGAGAAUUCACACUGGAGAGAGGCCUUAUGCAUGUAAAGAGUGUGGCAAAGCUUUUAGUUUGAGCUCGGACCUCGUUAGACAUCAGAGGAUUCAUAGUGGUGAAAAACCCUAUGAAUGUUGUGAAUGUGGAAAAGCUUUCCGGGGCAGCUCAGAGCUCAUUAGGCAUCGGAGAAUUCACACUGGAGAGAAACCAUAUGAAUGCAGUGAAUGUGGGAAAGCCUUCAGCCGGAGCUCAGCCCUCAUUCAGCACAAGAAAAUUCACACUGGAGACAAAGGCUAUGAGUGUACUGAAUGUGGUAAGGCUUUUGGUAGAAGCUCCAUCCUUAUUGAACACCAAAGAAUUCACACUGGAGAAAAACCCUAUGAGUGUAAUGAAUGUGGAAAAUCCUUCAAUCAGAGCUCAGCCCUCACGCAGCACCAGAGAAUCCACACUGGGGAGAAACCUUAUGAAUGUAGCAAAUGUAGGAAAACAUUUAGGCACAGAUCAGGCCUUAUGCAGCACCAGAGAACUCACACCAGAGUUUAACUCUUAUGUCAGGGUUGUAUAAUUCUGUAAUACUAGGGAUUCACUUUUGGGGCAAGACCCCCUCCCCACUCCCACUACCACCAAAGUUUCCUGAGAACAUAGUUCCUGCCCUUCCACUCCCAAGUCAGUACUUGCUGUAUAAGGUGAUCCACACAAAGAUGGUUGUGGAUGUGUUGAAUGGGCAGGCACCUUCACAAUACAGCCAGCAUUGGGGUAAAGAUCCCGAAAGAGCUCCUUAUCAGGUAGACUGAGAGGUGGUACCUCCAAUGGCAAGGAUCUCUGUCCAGCAAGAACAGCGGGCAUCUGGCAGUCGGAGGCAUGUGCUGAGUGUCACUUUGUUCUCCAAAGUGUUGAAUUGUGAGGUUGUGAAAUGUUGAAUUAUGCCCUGGAUUAGUUUAUAGUUCAUUGUGCCCCCCUUGCCAGGCCUUUUCUCAACCCUGAGCUUACUGAGGUCAACUGAGGUCUCUUUAUUUAUUGAGCACCUGCUAUGUGCUAGCCAUCAGGGGUAGACAUGGCCAUUGCCCUCCCAGAGUUAAAGGCUUAAUGAGAUACAUAUAUAUUUAUUAAGCAGGUAAUGACAGUAAAGUGUGAUAAGUGCUUUGGUAGAAAUAUCUAGGAUUCUGUCAAAAUACAUAACAGGGGCACCUAACCUGGUGUGAGUCACUAAAGGCUUUCUGAAUGUGACAAAAUCUUGUUUGUUUGUUUAAUUUUUUUUAUUUAUGAUAGUCACACACACAGAGAGAGAGAGAGAGAGAGAGAGAGAGAGAGAGAGAGAGAGAGAGAGAGAAAGGCAGAGACACAACACAGGCAGAGGGAGAAGCAGGCUCCAUGCACCGGGAGCCCGACGUGGGAUUCGAUCCCGGGUCUCCAGGAUCGCGCCCUGGGCCAAAGGCAGGCGCCAAACCGCUGUGCCACCCAGGGAUCCCCUGAAUGUGACAAAAUCUUUCUUGAGGAAUAAAGGGUGCCUAUAAGCCAGGUCAAGGCAAGAGGGAAGAGAAGAACAUUAUAGGUAGAGGUUGUAGCACAUACAAAGGCAUGGAGAGAGGAUCUUGAGAGGUCUCUUCAUCAGGACUCCUCCAGCAGGAAUUUGUUUGCAUAGACCUUGGUUUAGAAGCCAGGACUUGUGUUGGUUCCUCUCUUCCUGUUUAUAAUCACAGAGUUGGGUAGCCUAUCCCAGACCCAGAGUUACGUAAAAGACCUUAAGGUACUCAGGACAAUUAGUGUGAUGGUAGACUUUGGUGCAUCCUGUGGAAAAAGGCAUGUAUGUACACCAAGGAAAGAAAACAUUGGGAGGCUAGAGGGACAGUGUUUGGUGUGCCAUGACUCUAGAGUUCAGGAAAUGGGAAGCUCCCAGGAAAUGGGAGCGUAGGAGUGGGGAGCUCUGCCUUCCCAGGAGCCACUAGUCCUCAUUUCCUACCCCUCCCCUUAUUAUCAGGCUCAAAGGUACUUAUUGAAUUACCCCCAGAUUCCUCAAAACUCUACUUCUCUGCUAAUUUUUAUUUUGGCAGUUUUAAUUAAACAACCAUUAAUUGUUGAAGGCAAUUCAUAUGUAAGAGAAGGUUUGAUUAUCUUCUAAGGUAUGCUGAUUUACCUUCCAGAUACUGUCUCUUUUGAAGACUCAACGGUCAAAGCUGUUUGGGGUAAUAUGGGAGGUGAAGUGGGGGGAAGGAACAGUUUUUGUGUCCACAGGUUGGGAGAUUUUCAUUGAGUGAGGUCAAUCAGAAGUCUGGAGAGACCCUUCAAAUAGAUGGAGUUGCCUUUUUCCUAUAGGUGACAAUUGGAUGAUUUCAUAUUUUUCAUUUUAAUAAGAUUUCCCCCCCCCAGGUUGUGAAUUAAUUGUAAAUGUUGGUAAUAUAGAAAAUGAAAAAGUAGAAAUCCCCCUCAAUCCCAUCACCCACAAAAACAUUGUUAACAUUUUGGCAUACAAUCUAUUGGUUUCUUCUUUCCCCAACCCUAGUAUUUUUUUGGUAAAUACCUUGUUUGCUAAAUCAUUUUUAGUAACUGAUCGUAACAUUUAUACUUUGAGUAUAUACUUAAACUGUUGAGUAUUAGAAUGUAAUACAAGAUGUAAUAAAAUCUGAAUCUUAAAAGUUUUGCUCUGGAAAUGAUUUGUUCAGGAGCAUAGUAACAGAAGUGGAGGUAUGCUGGGAGAAAGCAGGGGGGAUUGGAGCA